GGCCCAUCCUUUUUUUCCUAGUUCAAGUGCUCUCCUUCCGUUUCUUCUCCAUCACCGCUAAAUAACGCCGUCUCUGGUACCCCUCUCCCGCUACCCUAGCGCCGUGAACGUAACCCUAACGGCAAUGGCUUCCUGUGACGACGAUUUCAAUCUCCUAGCAGAUGACCAAUCAAACCCUAACCAACAUCACAACCACCACCACCACCACCACCAAGUCCUCCACCACGCGCCCUACGCUCCUCGACGCUUCACCCCAAAGCUCUCGAACCAGAUCCACCUCCCUCACCACCAGACUAACGGCAACAACGACGAAGACGACCACCACGCGUCUUCCGCUUUCCACGGCGUGAAUCCCUUCUCAACCGCCGACGAGAAUUCGAAUCCCUACGAUAACAACAACAACAACAACGCGGAGCCUGUAGAUGGAGAGGACGAUCUCGACGCGAACAGAUCCAGAAUCAUCGGAGGCGUUCGUCUGGAGAAGAGGCAGAGUCAGGAGGAGCUCAGCGACGGAGGGACGACGAACGGAGGCGAUACGACGCCGUACGGGAGCUUCAAACGGCCGAGGACGUCGUCUUCCUCGGCGGGGGAGUACAGGAAGGAUAGGGAGGAGUGGAGCGACGCGGCGAUCACUUGUUUGUUGGAUGCGUAUUCCGAUAAGUUCACUCAGCUCAACAGAGGGAAUCUGAGAGGGAGGGAUUGGGAAGACGUUGCGGCGACGGUUAGUGAGAGGUGUGAGAAGUUGGUUAAGAGUGUGGAACAGUGUAAGAACAAGAUUGAUAAUCUCAAGAAGAGGUAUAAGUUAGAGAGGCAUAGGAUGAGUAGUGGUGGAACGUUAGCUAGUCAUUGGCCUUGGUUUAAGAAGAUGGAAGAGAUUGUUGGUAACUCUAUGACUACUAAAGGUGCUUCUGAUGAAGAUAGAAGUGGGAGUUCGCUGGGGAAUGUUGCUAAGCCAGCGAGGAGGUAUCCUUUGGUGACAUAUAACCCUGGAGUUCAGAUGAAUAAUGUUAAGUCCAAGGCUACAUCAAAUCCUAGAUGGCGAAGAGUGGUUUUGAAAAUCAGUGGUGCAGCUCUUGCUUGCACUGGUCCUAAUAACAUUGAUCCGAAGAUCGUCGGCCUGAUUGCUAAAGAAGUUGCAAUGGCUUGUCGUCUUGGUGUAGAGGUAGCGAUAGUUGUUGGGAGUCGGAAUUUAUUUUGUGGUGGUACAUGGUUUACUGCUACUGGUUUGGAUAGAACCACUGCUUAUCAUAUCAGUAUGAUGGCGUCUGUGAUGAAUUCUGUUUUACUUCAAUCAUCUCUGGAGAAAAUGGGAGUCCAGACACGGUUACAAACUGGAAUUGCGGUUCAGGGGAUAGGGGAGCCUUACAAUCGUCAGCGAGCCACCCGACAUCUAGAUAAAGGCAGAGUGGUAAUAUUUGGUGGCAUUGGUGCAACGCUUGGCAAUCCACUUUUAUCAUCUGAUGCAGCGGCAGCCCUUCGAGCUAUAGAUAUUAAUGCAGAGGCAAUGGUGAAAGGAACAAACGUGGAAGGUGUUUAUGACUGUCAUUCACAAGAUAGUAACGUUACAUUCGAGCACAUAACGUUUCACGAUUUGGCUUCUAGAGGUCUUACAACAAUGGAUACAAUGGCCCUUAACUUUUGUGAAGAGAAUAACAUUCCAGUUGUGGUAUUUAACUUUUUGGAAGCUGGAAACAUCACAAAGGCGUUAUGCGGAGAACAAGUGGGCACUUUUAUCGACAGGACCGGGAGGGGUGUCAGUUAGUAGGAGCCGACAUUCACAAAUGCUUUUGCUCUGUGAUUUUAUUUACUCUUUUCUCUUAAAAGUAAUUAUAUUCCAUAGAUGAAGAUGACUAGAAAAAAGAGAAUGUGACUCUCUCUUCACGGAGAUGCUCUCCAUUCACCAGACUUUUUUUACAUCUGUUUUCAUUGUUUGUGACAUCAGGGUUGAGUUAAGUUUAACAUGGCCGUUGUAUAUUAUUACUUGUUAGUAUCAUCUUUAUAUAAGUUAAGAGUCGUUUCUUCA